GAAAUACAGUGAACGGUUCCUGUGGGCUCGGAGUGAGAGUUUGGCUGUAUGUUGACAUACUUCUGCUAACUAUAAUGGCUUCAAAUGAAACAAAUGUGAUUUGGGAAAUGCUUAAACCUAUUGAUUUUGAGGAGCUCAUCCUGGCGUUCUGCUUGUCGAUAUUAAUUGGUCUACUCAUCGGGAUCUUGAUUUUCCUCCUCCUUACAUGGAUGUCAAGACGGAGAGCUUCAGUCAGGAUCACCAGACGUCAAACCCAGUCGUCAGAAUCUAAAGGCACACGUAAUCAGCACUGCCACCUCAGACAUUACAAGAGUCACGGCUUCGACAAGAACAGUGAAUCUGCAGGAAGAGUGGUUCUGCCCCUCCACAGACAAACCUCUGUGGACCCCAAUGAGCUGCUGGGUAGAAGCCCUAGCUUUCAGAACUCCACUUUUCGGCCGCCACCAAAAAAGACCAAGAAGACCGGCAAUGAAACAGAGGAUGAUAACCAAGCUGCAUUACUUCCUAACAUCACAGAUCCAUUUAGUGCAGAACCAGCGGAGUCCUUCUGGCUGGGGAAGGGCAGUCUAAGGGGUUUCCUACCCAGACAGACUCCACCACCUGCUUAUGACAGUGUCAUUCACAUCUUUCAAGAGUCCUGUACCUGACUGCACUGUGAUAAGAGACAAAGGAUUGCACAUAAAUCCCAAAACACGGAUAAAACGUGACAAAAGAGGGAAAAAAAUAAAAGAAAGUCUGGUUCUAAUUUGAAAUUAACCCUGAUUUUACACACAUUUGCAUUACUUUCAUGGGUAACACUUAACAAUAAGAUGCCAUUAAUUAGUGUUCAUGCAUUAAAUAACAAUGAGCAAUAGAUUUAUUAGUAUUCUUUAAUCUUUGUUAACGUUAGAUAAUUAAAAUACCACUGUUCAUUUCUAGCUCAUGUCAGCUCAGGUUCAUAAAAAAAUAAUAAUAAAUACAAGAGAUAUUUUUGAUUUUAAUAAUUUAAAGACGCUUUUCUCCAAAGAUGGGAGCUGUUCGUCAAAGAGUCACCAAUAGUCAUGAUGCACAAUGCCAAGUUGUUUAGACAAAUAUGUUGAAAUUAACAUUCACUAUAAGAUUAAUAAUUGCUCAAAAAAUAUUUUUAUUAUUAGGUUAUGUUAUCUAAUUAAUGUUAUCAAAUUUAACCUUAUUGUAAAGUGUAACCCAUGGUGUAAAAAUGUGGAAUGGAAUUAUUUUGUGUUUCUUAGGAUAAACCUGGUCAUUAAAAAUCACAGAUGCUUUAUUGCAUCUAAAUCUUUACAUUCUUUUGUCACUGUUAGUUUUGGUUGUUUGCUUAUUGAAUUGAAGCAGUGAAGUAAAGCAAAGCACAAAUAAAAGAAUACUAACUAA